AUGACGUCUUCAGCUUCUCCACAACUUUGGAAGGGAGAUGGUGGUUGCUUCGUUUGCCUCGAGCGGCAUGCAAACGAGUCGCAAAGCUGCGGCAAGAGCUUUGUAUCAAAGCAAGCUUUGGAAGGCCACCGCAAGCGAACGGGGUGUGAGCCAUGGAAGCUGCCAAGCGACCGCGCACCCUCCAAGUAUCGCGGCAUGGGGCCGGAAGCUGCUCGUCAAUUGAAGCCGGUUAGCGACAGAGCGGCCGUGUCAAAGUACCGAACGACGCUUGAGGGGGAGCGGGCCGUCCACCGCGCGCGGCACAUAGCCAAAUACCGCCUCAUGGCUUGCAGCGCCGUGCCCUCUCCCCCGAUGCCCAAAGUACCCGCUUACGUGCGGCCACCCAUCUCGUGGCUCCUUGCAGAUGCUGAGGUGUUCCCGUGGGAGCUCAAGGAGAAGUUCGACAGGGGCGAGAUCGUGCUCAGCCACGCGACGUGGUCCCUGCGAUUUCAUCCAGACAAGGUCCAGCAGAGGAGGAGUGGGGAACAUCUGCGACGAUUCGUUGAACACUUCACGGGCUCUGCUGACGGCUUAGACCCGGAGCAAGCGAAGGCGUGCUACGCUACGGAGCUAUUCGCCCCACUCAACGACGAGCGUUUCAAGCUCGGUCAGAGCGCUCAAAAGGCUGGUGGUAUGUUGUGGAGAGCGUGGUUGUCAGUCGAAUGUGCACUCAUCGACGACUACUCCGAAUAUCUGGUCGAGUUUGAGGAUUACUUAGCAAAGGUAAAGCAAGCGACCGAAGGGGUAGAACGGGCACGCGAGAGCCGAAAAGAGCUCACGGUUCAGCAGUAUACAAAGCAUGUUACGCGUCUGUUCCAAGGUUUCAAGAGGCAACAAGACUUCAACAACUUGGAAUGGAUCAGGGAUGCUGACGGGAUCAUCGAGUACUUUCAAGAUACUUACCCCGAAAAGCUCUCCAUGCAAGCCACUGGGAUAACCCCUUUGCUCGUCGUGUGUAAAAAGCAAUUCUCCAAUGACAAAAGGCUCUAUGAGCGGUACUAUGAAAGGUACACAGCGGUGCGCAAGCUCAUGGAUGAGUUGAAGCCACCCCCACAGUACUUAACGGAGCGCGAAGCCUCGAAUUGGAAGACUUUGGACCAGAUCAAUGAACGCCGGGUGGAGUUGCAGAGGCACGUGAACCGAAAGAUCUUGCACAAAAAGCCGGAAGAGUUGACCAUCGAGGACAAGAUCGUACUCAUUCGCCAUCUCAUUUUGUCUCUGUACACUUAUAGCCCGGCUCUCCGGAACGAUUUCUCAGAGUGCCCGAUCAUCCGCUUCGAGGACAUCGGGUCCGCUGAGGCACGCGAGCUCAUGUCCGGCUCCGGAAACUACAUGUUGGAAUACGAAAAGGGUCGGUUUCGGCUCGUUUUAAAGGACUUCAAAACGGUCAAACACCAUCGCGAGACAAGCAUCGACAUGCCCCAGCGGUCCUGUAAUGUGAUUGCUGAAAGUCUCCAGGUGUUUCCACGGAAGUAUCUCUUGUCACGCAUGAGGUCACCGGAUCAGCCAAUGAGCCGGAAUUACCUGACCAAGUUCUGCUCGACCGGGCUCUUUAAGGAUGCGGCCGUUGGCAGUUGCCUCUUACGAAAGAUAUGUGUCUCGAACGCCAUGAAGGAUGCCCCGAGUUUGCGAGAACGAGAUGAAUUGGCACAGCAGAUGCUGCACAGUGCCUCUAUUGCUCAGCGAGUCUAUGAAAAGCACUAUAUGCCGGACGGAAGCAGAAUCAAAUUCUGA